AUGAGUACAAUUUUGGACACCUCCAUAUUUUGGGGAAAUUUUCUAUAUUAUAUUUUAGAAUCUUUAGUUUACAGGAUAAUUCCCAAGAAGAAAAAGAAUGUUGCUGGAAAGAUUGUCCUUAUAACAGGAGCUGGAAGUGGACUUGGGAGGUUAUCGGCCAUAACAUUUGCCAGCCUUGGAGCCAUUUUAGUUCUAUGGGACAUUAACGAAGAAGGCAACAUGGAAACGUGUCGAAUGAUCAAAGAAAAGGGUGAUGUGAAAGUAUUUGCCUACACAUGUAACUGUGGCAACAGGCAAGAUGUCUACAGAUUUGCUGAUCAGUUAUAUCAUACAGUGUUUGUCCUUGAUUAUUUCGCUUUUCAUAAUGCCCUCAGGGAUCCACUUCUGCUGCCUAUACUGGAGCAGGAAUAUGUUGCCCCAAAAGUUUUAAAUGCUAUUUUAGAGGAACAGGUUUACUUGAUAAUGCCCACACUUUUGCAUGUUGUGUUGCUCCUUAAAGCAAUAAUAUCUCCAGACAUGAUGAUCACCCUUGCCGAAACAUUGGAAUGGACACCUCCGUGGCUUCGUUGA